AUGAAUGAUAUGAGACUUGAAGACUUUGCGCGACAGUUGUCUGAUCUCGAGGUCGCGCUUUUUCUCUCUCUUGCGGCGCGUGAACAUUGCCUCAUUGAGACAACGGGUGACCUGAUCGACGACCUCGCCAAAGAGCUAGCCUUGAUCUCUUCACGCACUUUUGAUUUCUCGUAUUCCAUCAUUGACUGUUCCACGGAAACGUCCAUUGAGGACUUUUAUGAUGAGAUCCUCACCGCGGAUGCCCGCAAGGGACAGGAGCGGCCGUCAUAUUUCAGAUUGAAGACUGGAUCUUCGAGCAAUCUUUCAACGUACAUGACCCCUCGGGACCGUGAUCAGAGCAGGUCCCCUGCUCCAAGAAGCACCGCCGAGGAAAUUAAUGUGGUCAACAUUGUCAUUGCGAAGAAUUUCAAUCUCGUUGAUGCUGAUAUUCAAGUGCAAGCUCUACAGUUAAUGCGAACCCGGAGGUUAGCCACCGAGCCAGGAAUGUUGAACGCACCCACAGAAUUUCUCUUCCUACCAGUGGUAGUACGAGAAAGUGAUCAGCUCGAUCCACCAUUGAAUACCCAUUUAAAUGAACAUCUCCUCGUUUCUCAUUUCUACAGCUGGGUAGAUGGCUUUGUGUAUCUCGAGGACGAUGAAUGGCUGUCCGAUAGUCAAUUGUCAGCUUCCUCGGUCAUUCACAAGCCAAGCUAUCAGCAGAAGAAAAGUGCGAAAAUUGAUGAAACGAUGAUGGAUAAGCUACGAGAAGCUAGUGAAUCCGUCACUACAAGCGCAGAAGUAGUCCGCUACAUCCAAGAUAUUGUUGUCUUCUUACGAUUGAGCCGCGCUGUGGGUGGUGGAGUAUCCGCCAAGGCCAACUUCCAACUCGCACGAUUUGCAGAGCUCCUUGCACCUUUACACGGUGUCGAUUAUCUUACACCUUCGAUCGUGGCUCUUGCCGCAAGAAAAGUCUUCCGACACCGCAUCGUUGUCACGGCUCCUAGUCAGGAUCGAAGUUUACAGUAUGGGAGUGAUAUGGUGGCUGUUUCCCAUACCUUGGCGGAUGUCACACCGGACUCAAUCCUGGAUGGCGUCCUGGAGCUAGAACCUCCCAUUUGA